AUGUCUGUAUCUCUGCUAAUAUCUCUCUCUUGUAUGUCUGUAUCUCUGCUAAUAUCUCUCUCUCUCUUGUAUGUCUGUAUCUCUGCUGAUCUCUCACUCUCUUGUAUGUCUGUAUCUCUGCUGAUCUCUCUCUCUCUUCCACUCUCUCUCCUAUAUCCACCUGUAUGGUCUCUCUCUCUCUCUCUCUCUCUCUCAUCUGCACUUUUGGUCUCUCUCUCUCUAGUAUCUGCCUGUAUCUCUGUUGGACUCUCUCUCUCUCUUGUAUCUGCCAGUAUCUCUGUUGGUCACUCUCUCUCCCUCUCGUAUCUUCCAGUAUCUCUGUUGGUCACUCUGUCUAAUCUUUGUUGGUCACUCUUCCUUCUCUCUCAUCUUUGUUGGUUGCUCUUCCUUCUCUCUCAUCUUUGUUGGUUGCUCUUCCUUCUCUCUCAUCUUUGUUGGUUGCUCUUCCUUCUCUCUCAUCUUUGUUGGUUGCUCUUCCUUCUCUCUCAUCUUUGUUGGUCGCUCUUCCUUCUCUCUCAUAUCUUUGUUGGUCUCUCUCUCUCUCUCAUAUCUUUGUUGGUCUCUCUCUCAUAUCUUUGUUGGUCUCUCUCUCAUAUCUUUGUUGGUCUCUCUCAUAUCUUUGUUGGUCUCUCUCUCAUAUCUUUGUUGGUCUCUCUCUAUCUUUGUUGGUCUCUCUCUCUCUCAUAUCUUUGUUGGUCUCUCUCUCUCUCAUAUCUUUGUUGGUCUCUCUCUCUCUCAUAUCUUUGUUGGUCUCUCUCUCUCUCUCAUUCUUUGUUGGUCUCUCUCUCUUGUUGGUCUCUCAUCUUUGUUGGUCUCUCUCUCUCUCUCAUAGCUUUGUUUCUUUGUCGGUCUCUCUCUCUCAUAGCUUUGUCGGUCUCUCUCUCUCUCUCUCUCUCUCAUAGCUUUCUUUGUCGGUCUCUCUCUCUCAUAGCUUUGUCGGUCUCUCUCUCUCAGCAGCUUUGUUCUGUCUCUCUCUCUCAUAGCUUUGUCGGUCUCUCUCUCAUAGCUUUGUCGGUCUCUCUCUCUCAUAGCUUUCUUUGUCGGUCUCUCUCUCUCAUAGCUUUGUCGGUCUCUCUCUCUCAUAGCUUUCUUUGUCGGUCUCUCUCUCUCAUAGCUUUGUCGGUCUCUCUCUCUCAUAGCUUUGUUGGUCUCUCUCUCUCUCAUAGCUUUGUCGGUCUCUCUCUCUCUCAUAGCUUUGUCGGUCUCUCUCUCUCUCAUAGCUUUGUCGCUUUGUCGGUCUCUCUCUCUCAUAGCUUUGUCGGUCUCUCUCUCUCUCUCUCUCAUAGACCUUGUCGGUCUCUCUCUCUCAUAUACCUUGUCGGUCUCUCUCUCUCUCUCUCUCAUAUACCUUGUCGGUCUCUCUCAUACCUUGUCGGUCUCUCUCAUACCUUGUCGGUCUCUCUUUCUCUUUUAAUUUGCGUCCAUUUUUUCCUCUCUUGGCCCUAUCCCACCAACCUUACUCUUUUGUCUUUUUUCCAUGUGCCUUUUUCUCUCUCUCUCGCCUUUUUCUCGUCUGCCUUUCUCUCUCACCUUUUUUCUCGUCUGGCCUUUCUCUCUCUUUUGUCUUUUUUCUCGUCUGCCUUUUCUCUCUCUCUCGCCUUUUUCUCGUCUGCCUUUCUCUCUCACCUUUUUCUCGUCUGCCUUUCUCUCUCACCUUUUUCUCGUCUGCCUUUCUCUCUCACCUUUUUCUCGUCUGCCUUUCUCUCUCACCUUUUUCUCGUCUGCCUUUCUCUCUCACCUUUUCUCGUCUGCCUUUCUCUCUCACCUUUUUCUCGUCUGCCUUUCUCUCUCACCUUUUUCUCGUCUGCCUUUCUCUCUCUCUCUCCCUCCAUACGUUAUAUAGAUGAUGCCAUAUAUCACAGUCCUCCUUCAACCUUGUUCUCACUCACACCCAAUCUCUUCUUUUUCGAACUUGACACUCCUCUGUUUCGUUAUUCCAUCCUCCCCGUUCCUCUAUCUGCUACUCACUCUGGCCAUCGUCGUGUUUAUUCUCUCUUUGAUACAGCAGAAUCGCGCACUUGCCCCAUUGCUUUCUCGGUAUAUUUGUUCGUUUGCUCACUCGCUCAUUCCUUCCAUCUACCACAUUACUCGACAUCUCUCUUUCUCUCUCGCGCGCUUUCCCCCGUCUUUCUUUUCUUUUCUACAAUCUCUUGUUUGGGUUCGACUAUCGAGAAAGCUGUGUGUUUGUGUGUUCGCCUCUCUUUCUUUCUCUCUUUGCUCCGUUUUGUGUGGUGCGACCACUCUCUAUUCUACUGUUAUUUCUUUACCCUUCUUUAUCCUGACCUUCUAAAUCCCAACUUGCCUUACCCGUUCACCCUUUUCCCCUUUAUUCUACUCAGCUCUUUAUUUGCCUCUACUUUUCUCUUUCCUUCCACCCGAAUCCUUCAAAAGUAUUCUUCAAAAAGCACACCACGACUUGGAGUGUUCUUAAAACUCACUCACUCAUUCGCGCAUUCUUUUAGCAGCUUAAAGUCUCUCUUUCUUUUGGCUGCGUAUUGGCAACAUUUUUCAAUCGCUCCCCCAUUUUACUUUCUCUUUCACCAGAGCGUAUUUUUCCUUGCUUGCCAUUCCAGCCUUUUCGUUUUUUCUUUUUAA